AUGUGCGUCGUGUGCUUCGUGAAGGCGCUGGUGCACGUGUUCAAGCUCUACCUGACGGCCAACUACACCGACGCCUUCCGCGGCUGGCCCGUGGACUUCCGCUGGGACGACGUGUGCGCCGUGGGCGGCGGCGGCGGGCGCGGGGCGCUGACGUGCGCGGCGGCCGCGGCGGGCGUGUGGCUGCUGCGCGGCGCGGCGCUGGGGGCCGCGGGCCGGGCGCCGCGGGGCGCGCGCAGCCAGGCGCUGUGCCUGCUGCAGCAGCUGCGCGACCUGCCGGGCCAGCUGGCCAGCUACGCGCUGGCCCACUCGCUGGGCCGCUGGCUCGUGUACCCGGGCUCCAUGUUCCUGAUGACGCGCGCGCUGCUGCCGCUGCUGCAGCAGGGCCAGGAGCGCCUGGUGGAGCGCUACGGCGGCCGGCGCGCCAAGCUGGUGGCCUGUGACGGCAACGAGAUCGACACCAUGUUCAUGGACCGGCGCGGGGAGCCCGGCGCCCACGGCCGCGGCCUGCGCCUGGUCAUCUGCUGCGAGGGCAACGCGGGCUUCUACGAGAUGGGCUGCCUGUCGGCGCCGCUGGAGGCCGGCUACUCCGUGCUGGGCUGGAACCACCCGGGCUUCGGCGCCAGCACCGGCGAGCCCUUCCCGCAGCACGACGCCAACGCCAUGGACGUGGUGGUCAAGUACGCGCUGCACCGCCUGCGCUUCCCGCCCGCGCACGUGGUCGUCUACGGCUGGUCCAUCGGCGGCUUCACGGCCACCUGGGCCGCCAUGACGUACCCCGAGCUGGGCGCGCUGGUGCUGGACGCCACCUUCGACGACCUGGUGCCCCUGGCGCUGAAGGUCAUGCCGCAGAGCUGGAAGGGGCUGGUGGUGCGCACCGUGCGCGAGCACUUCAACCUCAACGUGGCCGAGCAGCUGUGCCUGUACCCGGGCCCCGUGCUGCUGCUCCGGCGCACGCUGGACGACGUGGUCAGCGCCUCGGACCAGACGCACGCCCUGCCGGCCGGCGACGUGGGCGGCAACCGCGGCAACGAGCUGCUGCUGCGCCUGCUGCAGUACCGCUACCCCGCCGUGAUGGUGCGCGAGGGCCUGGCCAUGGUCACGCGCUGGCUGCAGCUGGGCAGCCUGGCCCAGGAGGCCGCCUUCUACGCGCGCCACCGCCUGGACGACGAGUGGUGCCUGGCCCUGCUGCGCACCUACCGCGAGCGCUGCGCGAAGGAGCGGGAGGAGGAGGAGGAGGACUGGGGCCCGCACGGGCUGCCCUUCCCGUGGCUGGUGGGCCGGGGCCUGAGUCCCCGUCGGCGCCGCCAGCUCGCGCUCUUCCUGGCCCGCAAGCACCUCAAGAACCUGGAGGCGACGCACUGCAGCCCGCUGGAGCCCGAGGACUUCGAGCUGCCCUGGAGGCUGUAGCCCGCGCGGCGGCCCUCUGCCCAGGCUACUGUGACCCCUCCCGCAGCCUGAAACAGUAAAGCCGGCCUGCCUGGGGACCCCGACCUGGUGUCUGGGGCAGG